AUGUCUGAAUUCUUCCCUCAAAACCUCCCCUCCCUCAACACACGCGAAGCCAUCGCGGACGCCUUAUACCGAGCCGCCAUCGCCUGCGACCACCAUGACACAGCACUCUUCGACUCAGCCUGGGCAGGAGAAGAAGUCGUCAUGGAGAUCCACGACGACGACAAGCGCGUCCUGGAAGGCCUUUCGCUGAUCCGCAGCGCGGUGCUCAACAGAGUCGGUCCAAUGGAUACCACGCACAACGUCAGCAUGGUCCGCGUGAACUACCAGGACGGAGCCGAUACUGCAUCGCUUACUGCGACUUCGACAGCACAGCAUGCGGCGCCGGGCACUGGCAGGGAUCCAGAUGGGAUUAAGUACACUGUUGGCGGAGAGUAUUCUGUUGAUCUGGUCAAGGACGGGGAGGAUGUGUGGAGGAUUAAGAAGUUGGUGUUGAACGUGAUCUGGACCUUGGGCGAUGCUUCUUUGAUGCAGCCUCCCAAGAAUUAGAGUGCUUGGGUGGUCAGGGUCAGAGUCAGAAUAGCUGCCCGUCCUCGUGUAUGUGAAUAGGGCAGUCAGGUCCAUGC